AUGAAACCAAUGUUGGGACUAGGUUGUAUCAAGAAUGCAUUCAAGAAAGGCUUAAACAACUACCAUGCCAAAUACAUCAUGACCGAUUCAAUCGUGCCUCUUUAUCAUGUCUGCUUCGGCGGAAUGAUCUUCUCCUAUCUCGUUGUAUUGCCCGAGGAACUUCGCCAUCUCGAGCACCAAAAACAACAUGCCAAAGAACAUUGAUAUU